CCGAUCCUCGUUUACUCAAUGAACCCAGAGCCAUGCAAGGACACGCUGCUGCCCUGAACGUGUUCUUCAAGGAUGUCGAAGAUACAUAUGCUCAUCUUAAGCGUCGAGUGGAGGCCACCCGAGAUGAGAUGAAAGCGUCAGAACGAGAACAGGUUCAAUUGGUCGUUUCAGAUCCAUCCACCACCAUCAGCUUUUCUGUCCCGGAUGGACCUCCACCUGAGGAACUGGUCCUCGACGAAGAGCUGAAGCAUCUCGACGUAGAAGACGUUCGCAAAGCACUACAAGCUAGAUGGGACAUCUUCCAGGCCUUCCCUAAAGACUUGCAGAAAGGACUCGAGGCGAACAGCUUGGAAAGUGUAAACAAAGUCUUGGCCAAGAUGGACGUCUCAGAAGCCGAAGAGAUUGUGAGGUUAUUGAGCAAUAGUGGUAUCAUGGAUGUGGCGGACGGCGGAGAAGUAAGAGACAUGACGGGAAAGAAUGCUUGA